AUGACUCAAGUGUUUAACAAUCACCGUUCAGAUACCUUAUUUUUGGGCGGAGAAAAAAUCUCAGGUGAUGAUGUUCGUAACCAAAAUGUCUUAGCCGCAUUGGCUGUUGCAAAUGUCGUCAAGUCUUCAUUAGGUCCAGUUGGUUUAGAUAAAAUGCUAGUCGAUGACAUUGGUGAUUUCACAGUUACUAACGAUGGUGCCACUAUAUUAUCACUUUUAGAUGUUCAGCAUCCGGCUGGUAAAAUUUUGGUUGAAUUGGCCCAGCAACAAGACCGUGAGGUAGGAGAUGGUACCACAAGUGUAGUUAUUAUUGCUAGUGAAUUAUUAAAAAGAGCUAAUGAAUUAGUAAAAAAUAAAAUCCAUCCUACAACUAUUAUUACUGGUUACAGGGUUGCGUUAAGAGAAGCUAUCAGAUACGUUAAUGAAGUUUUGAAUGUUAGCGUUGACAAUCUAAGUAAAGAAACCAUGGUUAAUAUUGCCAAGACUAGUAUGUCUUCUAAGAUUAUUGGUAGUGAUUCCGAGUUUUUCAGUAAUAUGGUCGUUGAUGCCUUGUAUGCUGUUAAGACCACUAAUUCUAAAAACGAAGUCAAGUAUCCAGUCAAAGCUGUUAAUAUUCUAAAAGCGCACGGAAAAUCGUCCGUAGAAUCAGUUUUAGUGAAUGGUUAUGCAUUGAAUUGUACGGUUGCAUCCCAAGCUAUGCCUAAAAGGAUUUCCAACGCUGGAAGUACUGUUAAAAUUGCUUGCUUAGAUAUAAAUCUUCAAAAAGCUAGGAUGGCUAUGGGUGUCCAAAUAAACAUUGAUGAUCCAGAACAAUUGGAGUUGAUCCGUAAGAGGGAAAGUGAUAUUGUCAUUGAGCGUGUUAAGAGAAUUAUAAACGCAGGUGCAAAUGUUGUAUUAACCACAAAGGGAAUCGAUGAUUUGUGCCUAAAAGAAUUUGUAGAGGCUAAAAUUAUGGCCGUUAGACGUUGUAAAAAGGAGGAUUUGAGAAGAAUUGCUAAAGCUACUGGCGCUACUCUCGUUUCUUCGAUGAGUAAUUUGGAAGGUGAUGAGGUUUUUGAAUCUAGUUAUUUAGGUUCAUGCCAAGAAGUUGUCCAAACCAGAUUCAGUGAAGAUGAAUGUAUUUUAAUUAAAGGCACAUCUAAACACUCUUCUUCAUCUAUUAUAUUGAGGGGUCCAAAUGAUUAUUCAUUGGAUGAAAUGGAACGUUCUUUACAUGAUUCUCUAUGCGUCGUUAAAAGAACUUUAGAAAGUGGCAAUGUCGUACCGGGUGGUGGUUGUGUGGAAACUGCUUUGAAUAUAUAUUUGGACAAUUUUGCCACUAGUGUCGGAUCUAGAGAACAAUUGGCUAUUGCUGAAUUUGCUGCGAGUUUGUUAGUUAUUCCCAAGACAUUGGCCGUUAAUGCCGCUAAGGAUUCCAGUGAUUUAAUUGCCAAAUUGAGAUCCUAUCAUGCUGCCAGUCAAAAGGCGCAGUUAGAGGAUGUUAAAAGGAGAAGAUAUAAGAAUUACGGGUUGGACUUAGUAAAAGGUAAGAUCGUAGAUGAAAUCCAAGCAGGUGUUUUAGAACCCACUAUGAGUAAAGUGAAAUCGUUAAAAUCCGCCUUAGAAGCUUGCGUAGCAAUAUUGAGAAUCGAUACUAUUAUUAAUGUUGACCCUGAACCCCCAAAAGAAGAUCCGCAUGGUCAUCAUUAA